AUGGUACGGAAGAAAGCAUCGCAGGUUGAUGCGAUGAGCGACGAUGGUCAAGCUCCAACAACCACCAUUUCGCUCAACGACCUGCUCGGUGACGAAUGCGUGAACGCACUUGAUCUGGUCGACGAGCUUCGCUCAUGCGGCCUCGACUCUAUCUUCCAGCUUCCACAGCUUGUUGUCUGUGGCGACCAGUCUGCCGGAAAGAGCUCAGUCCUGGAAGCACUCACCGAAGUCCCGUUCCCGACCAAAGAGAACUUGUGCACCAGGUUCGCAACGCAGAUUGUGAUACGCCGCAGCAGCUCUGAGGCCAUCCGCACAAAGAUCAUCCCAGAUGACAGAUUGGGCCCCCAAGAGAAAGCACAUAUGGGCGAAUUCGAUCGAACCAUCCAAGACUUUGCGGAGUUACCGGCGCUGAUCGACGCGGCAACCGAACACAUGGGCUUGAACAAGCCUAUCCAGGCUCAGGGCAAGACCAACACGAACAGCAGCAAGCAGAAAUUCAAGGCCUUUUCCCGCAAUGUUCUUAGCGUUGAGAUUGAAGGCCCCGACCGGCGACCUCUCACACUCGUGGAUCUUCCUGGCUGGAUCAACACGCCUACCAUGCAUCACACUGAGGAGGAUAUGAAGCUGAUCCAGCAGCUCAUUGGAGAUUACAUCAAGCAAGAGCGCACCGUCAUUCUUGCCGUCAUAUCAGCCAAGAGCGAUCUCGCUACUCAGACCAUCUUGACGAAAUGCCAGGAAGUCGACCCAAAUGGCCGUCGUACUCUUGGCAUCAUUACCAAGCCAGACACUGUGCCGGCUGGUUCUGACUCCGAGAAAGACUGGCUUGAGGUUGCGAGGAACAGGAACAUUCCACUCGAGCUAGGCUGGCACAUACUUAAGAAUCGAUCUUACGAGGAGCGUCGUGUGAGCUUUGAGUCUCGCAAUAAGAUCGAGAAAGACUUCUUCAAGCGCGGCGCCUACAAGACGAUUCCCCCGAACGCGAAAGGCAUCGACGCUCUUGGAGAGCGCGUGAGUGAGCUGCUGUACGACAUCCUCAAGCGAGAGCUCCCUAAGCUCCUCACUGAAGCCGAUGCGAGGUACCACGAGACGGUGAACGAGCUGAAGCAGCUCGGACAGCAGCGGUCCACGUUGGACGAGCAGAGAAAGGUCCUCACGUCCGCAAGCGUCGACUUCUUCCAGAUCGUUCAGAAUGCGUAUGAUGGUUCCUUCAAAGGCGCCUUCUUCGGCAAUCGAUCGCUGGAGGGAUACAGAUUUCUGCGAUCCACUGUAGCUGGAUAUCAGGAGGAGUUCACUGCACAAAUGCAGAUGUACGGCGCCAAGUUCCGCAUCUACGAGACCCAAGAUUCAGGUGGAACUCACAAGCCCGAUUCAAUUGAGCGCACCUUGUCCGAGCAAUACAAGUUUGCUAGAAAGCUCCAGAAAGAGAUGAAGCGGGGAGAAGUUGAUGAGUGGGCGAUGAGCGUCUAUCUUUCGACGCGUGGUCUGGAUCUCCCUGGCACCUUCGACUCCGCGCUUGUGGGACGCCUCUUCCAGGAGAUGUCCGCGCACUGGGACGAGAUUGCCCAGGAGCAUAUCACGAUCAUCGACACUCUUUGCCGCCAGCUCGUCAAAGCUGCCAUCCAUUUCGCUACUUCAGACGAUCUGGCCAAGAACAUCUGGAAGCGCUUAGACCUGGUCUUGAAGCGUCGCUUUGGUAACGCUCACCGCGAGUUGAAGAGACUGAUCGAUGACAAGAAUGGCCCGUUGACGAUCUACGACCCUUACUACGCCGACACGGUGCAGCGCCUUCACGACCACAAGAUCAACAACGAGCUAGAGCAGGCCAAAGCCUUGGCCGUGCAUCCGCCAGCAAACGCGACCUCGACGACGGUGUUCGGCCUCCAGCAUCAGAGUCAACCACUACAGCAGAUGCGGAAGCUGGACAACAAUGUCCUGGCUGCUCGAAAGGCAGUAGACCACAUGAUUGUCAUCCUCAACAAGCGCCUCGAGACGUUCGCAGAGAACGUCACUCAACAAGUCAUCGAGCGCAACCUCCUAAAGGACCUCGCAGAGGCCACCUUCUCUCCCAAGAUCGUGCAGAAGUAUACCGACGAGAUGGUCAGCGAGCUUGCGGUUGAGUCGAAGUUCGUCACCUUGAAGCGAACUCAGCUCGAGCAUUACAGGGGCAUCCUCGAGAAGAGCAAGAAUGCUGUCGACAAGCUCCUCAACCCUCACAAGCGCCGAGCCACAGAGCUCCUCGAGGAUGAAGAUGACCCCAGCGUGCCGUACUCCAAGCGUGCUGCCUUGGAGUGA